AUGAAGAAAGGCGCGGCCACUGGAUGUCGGCCAAUGCUCUCCGAGAAGCGUCGGGAGGCGUUGGGCAAGAUGUACUCCCUUGUCGGCACGCACAGUGCGGUGAAGCUUUGCCGCUGGCAAAAGUCGAUGAUGAGGGGGCGGGGUGGAUGCUACAAGUGGACCAUGUACGGCAUCAAGUCACAUCGGUGCAUGGAGGCGACUCCAAGCAUGGCAUGCGCAAACAACUGCGUCUUUUGCUGGCGCCUCAACUCAAACCCGACGGCAGCAGAGUGGAAGUGGAUGGUCGACGCACCAAAGGAUGUCGUGGAAGGAAUGAUAUCGAGUCAUCAAGCCCUGAUCAACGGUGUGCGUGGGAUGCCCGGUGUAACGGAUGAAGCUCUCGAGGAGGCAUUGACUCCUCGCCACUGUGCUCUGUCCCUUGUCGGCGAGCCGAUCAUGUAUCCGUACGUGAACGAGUUUCUUCAGUUGCUGCACGCCAAAUCGAUAUCCUCCUUUCUUGUCAAUAAUGGUCAGUUUCCGGACGCCAUCCGCAAUCUGGCUCCGGUAACGCAGCUGUACCUGAGCGUAGAUGCUCCGAACCAGAAAACAAUGAAGAUCCUUGACCGCCCUGUGCUCCCAGAUUACUGGGAACGCUUCAACGAGAGCGUGAACAACAUGCGAGAGAAGAAGCACCGCACUGUGUUUCGGCUCACCAUGAUUGAUGGAUUCAACAUGGAGCCGGAGAACCUCCCCGAGUACAAAGAGUUGUUUGAUCGAGGGCAGCCGCACUUCAUCGAGAUUAAGCGCCUCACGCCGGCUUUUUCCGGGAAUCAUAACACCAUUCUUCGCAUCAAGAACGUUCCCUCAUGGGACAAAAUGAAAGCGUUUGCUCAGCAGCUCUGCGGCGCGAUUGGCAAUGGAACGCAGUAUACGGUGGCAAGCGUCCACGAGCACUCCGGUUGCAUCUUGCUGGCACACCAGCGGUUUGUCCUCGAUGGCCGAGUGCACAGCUGGAUCGAUUAUGACAAGUUCGAUACCAUCGUUCAAGACCCCGCGCGAGCUGCGGAUAUGGUGCCGGAAGACUACCUGUUGCCUACACCGACGUGGGCACUGUUCGACUCGCCUGCGGAGGGGUUUGAUCCAGCACAAAAGCGUCACAUCUCCAACAAGCGGCGCAAGCACAUGGAAAGCGUGGCAGCGGCCUCGCCGCAGGUCGACGGGUGUUGCUUCACUAAUGCCGAGUCUACUGUCGUUCAAUCUGCUGAGGCGUAG